AUUUAACAUAUAACGAACUGAUUUCCAAACAUUGAAUUGUGUAGCAGGUCAGGCAACAACAUACGUGUCUUGACCUGUCACAUGAACCAAGCGUACGGUUCUACCUAUGAAUACUGGAUUGUUUACGUACGAUAAACGUGCACAGCUGAAGACGGGGCGGGGAGAGAAGAAUUUAGCUAGGGGGAGAGACACGGAGGAGUGAAGAGUCAACACGGAUUUCCUGUGGGACAAGCGUACAGGCCUCGCUGCUAAAACGAUGCCACAUUCGAGGCGAUAUCCGUCUUCAGACCGGGGCAGUCGGAGCAGUUACCAGGACCGCUUCCGGGACCGGGAUCGAGACCGGGACCGGGACAGGGACCGCGGGCGAAAGCAGAGGCACCGACGCUCGCCGUCCUACUCCACCAGCAGCGAGAGAGACAGAAGGGGCCGAGCCCAUCGACAGGAGGGAGGCUAUGCACGAUCCAGGAGCUACGACAACCGUUCCGUGGACCGGCGGCCGUACGACAGGCGGUACUGCGAAGGCUACCGGCGGGUGGAGCACAGCCGAGAGCGAGACCGCGACAGGGAGCGCGAUCAUGGAGGAGGAGGUGGAGGACCGUCGGGCGCCGACAGCUACUACCCCCGCGACCUCUCGCCCGGCGGCUACGACUACCGGCGGGAGCGCGACCACAGCGACCGCGAACGUGAGCGCGACGCCUCCUACCGCCGCAAGGGAAGCAGGCGUAAGCACAAACGAAGGCGACGUAGAACCAGGUCCUAUAGCCCAUCGUCCUCGCGGAGUGACAGCCGGACGCGGGCGGUGUGUGUGAGGGACGACGAGGAGGGUCACCUGAUCUGUCGGACUGGCGACGUCCUGCAAGAGAGAUAUGAAAUCGUCAGUACUUUGGGUGAGGGUACCUUCGGCAGGGUGAUGCGCUGCAUUGACCAUCGCAGGGGUGCUGCACAUGUCGCUCUGAAGAUCAUCAAGAAUGUGGAAAAGUACCGCGAGGCGGCUCGUCUGGAGAUCAACGUCCUGGAGAAGAUCAACGAGAAGGACCCAGACAACAAGAACCUGUGUGUGCAGAUGUUCGACUGGUUCGACUACCAUGGCCACAUGUGCCUCAGCUUCGAGCUGCUGGCGCUCAGCACCUUUGACUUCCUAAAAGAGAACAACUACCUGCCUUACUCCAUCAGCCAAGUGCGCCACAUGGCCUACCAGCUCUGCCUCGCCGUUAAAUUUCUCCAUGAGAACAAGCUUACCCAUACAGACUUGAAGCCAGAAAACAUUUUGUUCGUCAACUCUGACUUCACCAUGACUUAUAACGUGGAAAAGAAGCGUGAGGAGAGGACGGUGAAGAGUACUGAUGUCAGGGUGGUGGAUUUCGGCAGCGCCACGUUCGACCACGAGCACCACAGCACCAUAGUCUCCACGCGACACUACAGGGCCCCGGAGGUCAUACUGGAGCUGGGGUGGAGUCAGCCUUGUGACGUGUGGAGCAUUGGCUGCAUUCUUUUUGAGUACUAUCUGGGGUUUACCCUCUUUCAGACGCAUGACAAUAGAGAGCACUUGGCUAUGAUGGAGCGGAUUCUGGGACCAGUGCCUUCUAGGAUGAUCCGCAAGACCAGGAAACAAAAGUACUUCUACCACGGCCGUCUGGACUGGGACGAGAACUCCUCCGCUGGUAGAUACGUCCGAGAGAACUGCAAACCUCUUCGGCGGUACCUGCUGUCGGAGGCGGAGGAGCACCACCACCUCUUCGACCUGAUGGAGGGCAUGCUGGAGUACGAGCCCACCAAACGGCUGUCGCUGGCCGCGGCCCUGCGGCACCCCUUCUUCUCCUCCGCGCCCCCCGCCAGCGACCCGGCGGCCACCAAGAGCUGGGAGGGCAGCCGCGACAUCAGCCGGUGACGCCUGUCACCCCCACCGCCCCCGCCCCUCCCCCUCCCACACACCAGCAUGCGAGCAGGAUCUUAAGGUGGAACUCGCUGGCGUUCCUGAAUGUUUUUGGGGUUUUUUUCUAGGUCAGACGUGAGGAAGAUGAUGGAUGAAUUAAUUAAUGGAUGUGAUGUUUUUUUGUGUUUUUGCAAUGGGCUACCUUAAGGUUGAAACGCUCACAUGGAACUGUUGGGGGACAUUUUGGGGAUGGGUGCAAGUGUGGGGGAGGUAUGGGUCUUUUUUUGUUUUUUCUUUGUGUCUUUUUAAAAGCUGAAACCAUCGACAUUGACACUUAUAAGUCCUCCCAUCUGACUUCAAGGCGAGGUAUAGCACUAAAGUAAGUGCGGAGGUUUGCUUUUUUCUAGCCAUUUCCUUCCACUUUACAAGGGGAGACGUAUCGAAAAGAGAGAAUGUCGUUAAGCUGUGAUUUAAGGUGGAACUGAAAUAAGGUAAUGGGUUUCCUAAUCCUUGGUUAAAAAAAGAAAAAGAAAAAAAAAGACCUGAUGUGAUCGAGACAGACAAGGUCUAGAAACCUCUCACCGUCCAGAAGUCCUUAAAACCAGAGACAAAAGACAAGAGUUGUGUUGUGAAGCAAUCCAAUCUUUUUUAAAGUGUUCCUGUUCAAGUUGAUGGAGAAAACGGCAAGGAGCAAGUUUGCGUCCUUACCUGUCCCGUUCAGAGUUCUUCCAAAUAUAUUGGGGGAAAAAAAGAAGUCUUUUUAACUAAACACUCCACCCGGUCCCAUUCAGAUUAUUAGCCACAAACAUUUUAUCAUUAAUUCAACGUCUAAGCUUUUCUCCCUGAUGUUUGGGCUCCUUGUGUCAUGAAUGUGUUGUGUUGGGAUAUGAGGAGUAUUCUUGUGGAGUCUAGCUAAGCUCUCCCGUGUGUACUCACUUUCCUUGAGUAUAGCAGAUACUGUGAUGGGUGCUGUCCUGAUUUUGUGUGUGUGCGUGCGUGCGUGCGUGCGCGUGUGUAUGUAUGUUGCGUCUGGCUCCCCCUAGUGCCAGUUCAGAGUAACUGUAUGGGAUGACAUGGGGGGGUAUUCCACGAAGGGGGUUCAGUAGUAUACCAGGUAAAGUCAACUUUGAGGUUGUGGUAAAUCACCUAAUAGAAGAGCACAGAGUCCUCAUUUUCUUACACAAAUGAUGCCUGCAGGCCAUCUAUUAGUAGUUUUACCACUUUCUGUAGGUUUAUUUAGCCAGGUUUAUCACUUAACCAUAUUCUUGGAAUUUACCCCUAUGGUCCUUGCAGAAGAAAAAAAGCACACUGCAUACAAGUAUAGUGAAGGCCACGGGUGUUGGCACCACCCACUGGUUUCCAAAGUCGGGCUAACACAACAAGGACUUACCCCAAAACUACUCGCAAUAGUGCCCAAAGUUGGUGUAGUCCAUGUACAUGGGCUGGGUUAUUGUGUUAUUUUUUUUGCAUGUAUUAUUAUGUUACAUUUUGUGUUUGUUUUUUUCCCUCCCUUCUUCCCCCUCAUACAAGGCGCACACACACACACUCAAAACCUGUUCCAUCACAAACAAGCCUCAAGCCAGCAUGACUGUCAAUGCCAUGCUAGUACGGACUCUCAACGCACACACACACGAACACAAAAUAGCAUUUUGCAGCAGCGGUAGUGUGUGUGUGUGUGUGUGUGUGUGCGUGUGUGCAAAAUCUAAGCUGGUGGGUGUUGCCUUCCUGCACACACACACAGCACACAUUUGCAGUAUUUAUUUACCCUCAAAACUGAACUGGAUGUGUUUUUUUUCCUGUUCAUCUGUGUGUUCUUGUUUUUUUGUCAUUUUUUGUAUGCAAAGAUCUGUAUAAAAGUGUAUAUAGAAAUGAAAUAUGUACUUAUGUAUGGUUGUAUGACGGUAGGAUAAUAAAGAUGCCUUUUGCCGUAACCUGGAGAA